AUGUCAAGCAAAUCAUCAGCUUCAGAUGAUCAGAGUCUUGCCACAACUUAUGAAAAGUACUACCGAAAUAAAAUUGUAUCGGCAUUACUUGACAUGUGCCAUGAUAAAUUCGUCGUCUAUGAUCCAAAAUUAACCGCUCAAAUUUUACCAUCAGAUAUUGACUCGUUGUCAUCUAAUCAGUUUAGUUCGAACGAAAACGACAAAUUAUCUGAACGAUCGAUCGUGUUAGCACAAGAUUUAUUAAAAACGUUAAUAUCUACGGAUGGAAAAUCAUCGUUCGACCUUAUAUACACACAAUUGCGUUCAACAAUCAAAGAUGAGAAAGAAAGUUCGGUACGUUUUGAUAAACUGGAAGCAGACGUAUUGGUCGGCGUAAAUAAUUUAUGUACUGAUGAGUGCUUAAUAUCGAAAUUUAUACUGUGCGCUCCAGCGACGAUCGAAAAACCAAAACGUGAUACUUAUGAAAUUAAUGAAAGUGACGCCGAAAAAUUAGAGCUCAUUUCUGAACAAUCUCCAUCACUUAUUGUGGAAGAUACACAUUAUAUAAACUUGAAAAAUAACUCUCCGUGCAAACAACAACAGCCGCAAUUACCAAAAUUUUCUACGUCAUCCUCAUCGUCAUCGGCAUCCUCGUCGUUAAACACGUCAGCAGAAAAGGAAGCUUCGAUACAGGCAAAAUUUAGUUUUAAUAGACGUUAUUGUUUAUUUGAAAUCACGUCGAAUCGAUCAAAUUGGAUGGAAAAGCUUUACCAACUCGAAAGAUUAUUAAUGUUCAUUGUGGCACGUUUUUAUUAUCGUCAGAAGAAUAAUGUCAAUGUUCAAUCAUUAGACAGUGAGAUAAUGAAAACAUUCCUCAAUCAAUCUGCUGACAAAUUAUCGGUAAAUGACUGUUCAAGUGUAUUAUUAAGCGUUAUUGGAUUUGUAGGAAUUUGCCAACCACAAAAUAAUAGCGGUUACAUUAAAGAAUUUUUAACAAACAACGGGCAUUAUCAAACGCUCCGCUUAUUACCAGUUCUAUUUAACAACGGAAGAUUUUUAUUCUACCAUGGAGUAAAAGCAUUACCCGAAUCAAGCAAUGAAAAUAAUUCUACAAUUCAACAAUUGUUAAAAGUGUAUUUUAAAUCGAAUCAAUCACACGCUAAUAUGAUACGGGAUUUAAAACACGAUUACGGACGUGUGAUACAACAAUCGACAAAGACUAUUGAAAAUAUCAAAAGAAAACAUGAAAAACAAAUUUUACAACUGAACCAACAACAACAACAAGCUUUGGAGAAAAAAGUCAAAAUCAUCGACGAUAAAGACGUAAUCAUGGCGAAUCAAAAUCGAGAAAUACUGAAACUUGAACGAGACGUAUGCGACCUGAAAUCACAAGUCAGACAUAUCGAGCACAAGUUAUCAGCCAGAGAAUCCGAGCUUACCAUCACAAAAUUGCAAUGCGAAAAGACUGAAUUAGAAAAGAAAUUGGACAAAUUGUUAAAAGUACAAGAAGAAUUAGCAAGAACAGAUCUUCAGCUUGUUUAUCAAGCUGCUGUUGAACGUGAUAUUUCGGUGUAUAUGUUCGAUUGGGUUGUCAAAGUUUGGAAUAUGUGUCAGAAAAAAAUAUGCUGGACACAAAAUGAAGAAUUUAAUAAAUAUAAAUGUCCGCUAUCCAAAAGUCUUUUAUUUACAACCACUGGAAUAUCGAGCGAAGAUCGUUUAAAUAUUCAGUCAAAAAUAAAACAGAAUGGUGAGUGUACCUAGCUUGGUGCGAUACUCUUUUCAACUCAGCGAAGCUCUAUUCAUUCUUUUAGAUGGAAAAUUCACAUCGCAUUUAACAGGCAAUAGUACACAUGUGCUUUGUGGAAAACCGGACCAUAGAAUGGUUCAAAAAUAUAAAAAUUAUCCGUUAGUGGCGCAAUCCGAAUAUUUCUUCUGCACUAAUCCAAUUGACAUCCAAGUUUUCGUCACAGUUUUUGUCACUGCAUAUAUUUUUAUAUUCUAUUCUAUUUUUGUUAUUUUUACCGUCCAUGAAUUUAAGUUUUCAUAUCGAGUUUCAUUAAGUAGAUGUAACACAAAAAAUAUUCCACGCAAUUAACUGAGAUUGUUAGUUAAACAAAAAAAUUUCAAAGUUUUUUCUUGUGUUGAUAAUGAAGUAACAUAUUUAUCUGUUUAUUGCUCAUUCGGAAUUAGAACAAAUCUGCCACUCAUUUAUUUCUUUUUUUUAUUUGAAAAAAGACUAGAUACUUUUUUCAAUUUACUGUUGUAUAUAUCAUUUUUUAUACAUCUCUAUGCUUGUGCUUCUCUAUGUUGUCGCAACAGUUAGAUUCUUUUUCUGUUUCUGAGUAAAUAUGUAAAUGAAGUCCAGUGUUUCAACGUCUACUAUUUGUUUUUCCUUUUUGUACAUAGAACAUUGACUGUUGUCUCUCUU